AAGCCUCAUCCACUGUACCAUAAGGCUUUAUCGUUGAAAGGCUAUAUUAUAAAGUGGAGGUAUAAAGAACGUCACAAGCGCUCUUAGCUGUUAUAAGGUAGGUAUAUUUGCAUAAGUUUGACUAGUUCAUAAUUGCAAACCUUGCCCUAUACCUUAACUGUUUCCGUAUAAAAGACUGAGAAGGAAUCGAGCUGGCUCAAAGGAAGCUUUUCAUUCAUUGUUUAACAAUCUGGAGGUUAUUAAAAGGAUUUUUUUCGAGUUCUGCGCAAGCUUUAAUCGCAAAAGAAUUCUUAGAAUCUGAUGUUCGCUUGCAUUAUUUAAUAAGGGUUUAUAGUAAUAGAUGCAAUGUUGCUUACAGCUGUGGGCUUUAUCUUAAACCUUAACUGUUUCACACAAAGCUGUAUGGAAACUGAAAAGAAAUUGAGCUCGUUCAGUUUGAGGAAGCUCUUAACUCGAUGUACAAAAACUUAAAAGCUGUUGAAAUUGGUUUUUUGAGGACCGUGUCAGCUUGAGUCGCACUCUAAGGAUCUGGCCCCGGUUGUUCAGAGAAUGGAAAACUACUUAUCCGCUGUAUAAAUCGCUAUCCAGUGGAUAAAUUUUAACCAUGGCGUCAUAUCGGUUGUUCAAUGUAUGGAUAGCGUUAUCCACUCGCUAUCGAGCAGAUAAACUUAUCCAUGGUUAGGUAGGUAGUAUAAAUUUCUAUCCAUCGGGUAGUAAAAACAUGAAAUGGCCGCUGCUUGAGGUUGUGACGGUCAUUUCGUUCCAUGGUCAGGGCGUAAACCACAACAAGUUUCUCUCGCGAGUGAUAAUGUUUAAUCUACAACCACUUUACAUCGAGCGCUAACAAACACACAGGCUACGUAGUACUUUAUUGAAUAUCCUCUCUUCUAUGAUGUUGUCAAAAAUCGACAGACAUAAGCUCUCGGUGUUAAGGGCAUAGUUCACAUCGUUACGCUAUGCACACUGAAAUUAACAUACGACGCUCUCAUUUAUGUAAAUAGUACUGGAAAUACUUUCGUCCAUAUUCUGAUCGCUACUGUGUACUCAGAGACCACAUUUACAUAUUUAGAAAAUAUAUAUCUGCCGGAGAUCGGAGAUACUUUUCUAAGAUUUGAUGGGUCGACUGUCAGUCGAGUAGUGUGUUGCGUGGCUCAAGCCACAACUGCAAAGUCAUAGGCGAUUGCGUAAGAUUUCCGUCCACUCGUGCGGAACGAGACGAUCUUAAGGAAGGUUUAUUUCGAGUUGGUGGUUUCCCUUGUGCCAUUGGGUUCAUCGACGGUACCCACGUUAGAAUAACUGCCCCUCACGAAAAUGAGCCAGACUUCGUGAACCGGAAAGGAUUUCACUCUAUCAAAAUAUCCAGGCAAUCUGCGACCAUCGAGGUAAGCAAAUAUGUCUAGCUCUGAUUAUUGAUUUAGCAAAGGACAACAUGUUCGUUUAACCCUAAGCUUUACUGUGCAUACUAUCUCAUGUAAAUAACAGGAGAUAUCCUAAAUAUGAGCAUGAAAGCCGUAGAAAUUUCGCAUCCAAUGUAUAACGCUUUUCUGACACCUUAGGAGCAGUGUGCGACAGACUGUCUUGAGCACAACACGUGAUCAAAUAUGUGAUCACGAGAUUCACGCAGAUACAAUUUACCGUGUAAACAAGAGAAUGAAAUUGAUUUAAAAUGAUUGACUUUUCGAACUGUGCGAUCACCCGUUUGAUUCUAUCGCUGUCGGAUGUAAUCGAUUUUGUUUUUUGGAAACGGGUAUUGAGUCUUCCAAAGGUGACAUGACAACAAUGAAAAUAUUCUUUGGUGAUCACUAAAUGUGUUCUCCAAUAUGGACAUUUUUUUAGUGGUCUGCGUUAGUUCAAGUGUUGGAACAAAGCAUUACGGAGCAUGGCCAAGGAAUGCCUUGAAGUUUACCAUAUUAAGAAAGGGAUAAUUUGCCUAGGGAUAGGGUAGUUGAUUGUUUUGACAAAAUGAAUGAAGUGAUCCCACGAUUACUGCUCCAAAAUUGGAUUAUGCUCACAUUAUGACAAUUUUGUGGGAAGGAAGACACAUGCAGAAAUACCAUACACCUAAGUUGCAUCAAAAUUUUUUUUACAUAACAUAAAACAUAAAAAUUAAAAACCAGUUGUAGUGUAUUGAAUACAUUUGAAUUUUACAGGAAUGUUUACUGAUGUUGUGGCUAGACAGCCUGGUUCAACUCAUGAUAGCCAUAUUUUACCUGGACAUCAGCCAUAGGGGGUAACCUUGAAGAGACUGGUAUCACAGAUGGUGUGCUACUUGGGGAUAGUGGCUAUGCAUGCUCACCAUUCCUCAUGACCCUGUAACCUCAACCCCAAAAGACCUUAGGAGGAGCAUUUAAACAGAACACACAAGAUCACAAGAUGUACCAUAGAGCAAACUUUUGGAUUGUUGAAGAGGAGAUUACAUGUGUUACACUCAGAAUUGAGGAUGGCUCCUGACAGGGUAUGUACCAUAACUGUCAACUUAAGGGAACCAGAACCAGGGAACUGUGACAUGGAUGAUGAAGGGUGCGUUGCUGACCUUCACACCCAGUACCCCGGCUGUGAAACUGGUAAUGCUGUUAGAGAGUACAUUGCUUACAACUUUUUAAAAUUUAUACACAGGUAGCUGAUACUAAAACAUACACUUGAUUGCAAUAAUGUUGACACACUGUAAAUAGCAUGAUUCGUGAACAAUGAGAACCAAUGGCUUUAUGGGAAAUGUCCACAACUUAUAUAUGAAGCCUAAGGAAAAACUUGGACAGCCUUCAAACCCAUAUUUUAAACGAACUAAAUUUUAAUUUUAGUUUUUUGGUAGUGAUGGAAACAAGAAUUAAUGACAGAAUGUUGACUUUAAUCCAACCAUACCAAAUUACAAUUUUGAAUAUGUUCCAAUGCCUCUUUCUGCUGGAGGUGUAGAACGUAUGAAGACAACGAUGUAUGAUACAAAGUCAUUGAAAAAACCUCUAAUGAGCCUUUUCAGACACUUUGGCUUGAAAUUGAAUUCACUAAGAAAAGCAAUAUUAUUUGUGGAGUUGUCUACAGACAACAUAAUUCUGCAGACUGCCUCUUAGAAUAUUUUGAAGAAACUGUAGAUCAAUAUAGUGCCACUAGUAAAUCAAUCUACCUCUUUGGUGACAUCAACAUAAAUAUUCUAAGUCAAAGACUUGUAAUUACGCUCAGCAAUUUUUAAAUUGCUUGAAAAGCUAUGCUAUUUUACUGACAAUUGAUAAACCGACAAGGGUCUAAAAACAAAUUUGAUUAUUAUACUGCUAGUGGGAAUAUUGUUUCAGAUCUCACUGAUCAUUUUUCUCAAUUUUGCAUUCUUAAAUCGACCACUGAAACCACCAAACCUUGAAAAAUGGCAGCCCGUGACUAUUCAAAAUUCUCUCAGCAAAUGUUUUUGCAGGAAUUGUCAGAACUCACAUGGGAGUCUUUACCAUCUGCUGAGGAUCCCUCUAAGUUCUUUUCCACCUUUUAUAACAAGCUAAAUAAGCUGGUAAACUGAAGCAUGCACCAUUCUGAACUUUACAAAGGUGUGAAAGUAAACAGCUGGAAAAACCUUGGAUCACUAAGGCAAUUUGAGAAGCAAUAAAAAUAAAAAAUGAACUUUUUCUCCUGUGAUUGAAGACUAUUGCAUAGACAGCUGCAGAACAUUUUGAUGGAUGGAGAGAAUACUCAUGUGUUGUCCAUACUUUAACUGACAAAUUUUGAAAAUUAUAAUCUUUUUAGUUUCAUUUGUUGUUGUAAUUUUACUCCAGUUUUAAUAAGUAACACCUAAUUGGCUUAUCUAUAACUUAUCCUUAACCGUUCUUCAUAGCAGGCUCACCCAGUCAUUUCCUCUGUUCAGUCAAACUUGUUAUUGUAGAAUUUACUUUUAUUAUUGUUUCCCUCCUGCCUCGAUUACCUUUGCUAUUAUGUGGGUAGGGAUUGUUAGAUAUGUAUAAGACAAAAUAAUAAUAAUAAAUGUUGUUGUUUAUUCAUGGAAAUCUUAGAUGAUGAGAAAUAUUUUUUUUUUUAAGGAAAGUAUGAAUGGCUUCUGUAUUCUAUGCACAACUAAUUAUGAUUAUCAUUUACAUGUGUAACUAUUAAUAAUGCCAUUGGCUGUGCUUUCUAGGGGUCAGCGUUUUUGCAAUUGAGUGUAUACACUUGAAAGAAAUAGUGACACACACUAUAGGCUUUUUGCAAUAGUCCAAUGUAUAUCCUACCUUUUAUAAUGGCAUUGAAGUAAUAUGGCAUUAGGCAUGCUUGCUAACAUGCCUAAGACCUUUAAUAUUUCACCCAAAGAUAAAGAAAAAAUUGCACUGAUUUUUGUAGCACUUGGAAAAGGAAAAUUUUAGUGGAAGGCAAACAAUUUGCACUUCUUAACAAAUGCAUUGAAUGUCUACCUCUCAACCCUUGGAGGUAAUUGUUAGAAAGUUUGCAUUCUGGAAGUUGGAAUUUGAUAUGGUCAUUUCUUGAAUUUACACAACUCAAGUGGUAGAUUUACCAGCUAUUUCUUAACGCAGUAAACUGCAAGAUACCCAUUAUCACACUUGCAUUACAAAUAUAUGAAAGAAAGGAAAAACCAUGAUGUCAACAAGUCAUUUUUAUUCACUGAACGUAGUUUGUUGAACACAAAGUGAGGAAACGACUUCAAAUUAAAGUUUGGUUUCAACAUCAAUUUGCAACCUAUAACUGAAGAUUUUGUUAUUUGUAUUGACUACACCAAAAGUGCCAUUGUAAGUAAAGAUUUCUGCAUUAAGCAUUGGGGUAUGACAUGGAAUGAUCAAUGACCUAUAAACUUAAUUGCAUGUAAUUGUACAAAUAUUUCAUAGUAAUGCCCUCUGUUUUUCUAAAUAUAGAUAAUUAUAUAUUUGAAUGUGGAAUAGUUUAAGGUAAAAAGUUCACUUCCUCAAGCAAAAAUGGUCAGAAAAAAAGGUAUAGAAGGUCUAGGUUUUAAAGCUUUGUCAAUGUGCAGAAAGUCAUGUUUGCUGAUUUUGCCUUUUUCAAAAAUUGGUGGGGGCAUUUGAACACAAUUUUUUUCCUUGGGGUGGAAAUUUCAACAAACCAAUCUUUAAAGUUCAAAUACUUGGGGGGCUGCCAGGAAAAGGGGGGGGGGGCAUAGAAGAUUCCAAUUCAUUGAUGUAUUAGUAAUAUAAGGAAACCAAAUAAAAACCAUUAUAUGAUUAAGCUUGUGUACAUUUCCGGGGAAAUGGUGUAUCAGUGAUUUGAAAAUAUGGGGCAGCUGAGCAAACAAUCCAAAUAUUAACAGUUUCACAAGACAUAAUCAAAACCAUUGCAAUUUGAUUAAGAUUUAUUCAUAAACUGUCUUCUGCCUCACUUCAGAGGGGAAUAGUUGUUGAUGACAUUACCAAAGAUGAAUAACACAACUUUUGGGCGAAAACUGUCCAAUCACUUAAUUUACUUAUGGCAAUAUUUAUAGCAGAUGCUGUCUCAGAUCAUAACUUUGCAGUUUAAAAAGAAGCCUAGUGUAUGAAAGUUACAAACAACUAAAGAUUUGAUUAAAAUGGUUUAAUAACUAAAUAUAUGAAUAAAUAAAAAGCAGCACUAAAAUACAUAGUGAUCUAGAAAGGAGUGAAAUGGUCACCCAAUGAGUAACUCCCAGAUUGAGGAUCCAAAGGAUACCAGUGUUCACUACAAAAUGUGGUGAGUUUUCAAUAUAUUUAUUUGAUAUCAUUGUUCCAGUGAUAAUAGAGAUGUGCACUCUAUGGUUGAGGAUUGCAUCGUAUCCCCUCAUAAUCAUCUCGCAGAAGGUGAUUAUUGCAGGGACACUAAAUUUCAAAAUGGCUGCCUUGCGUUCUUUCAAUGUUGCAGAUGAAGUCAUAAACACUAUAGAAGAAAAUUAAAUUUUGAAGGCACAAAAGAUGCUGCUAAGUUUUGUGAGACACUUUUCAAAAUAACAAUGUGAAGCUUUUGCUGAUUGAAUGAAAUAAGAUUGGCUGAUUAUCUUCAAACCAACGGACAAAACAAUUGUAACAGAAUGUUGUCAAUAACAAAACAAAUUUACAACAGAAUCGCAUAAUUGAGUAAAAUCACUCAUUCUGAUUGGUCAACAAAGUGAAGUAUUUAGCAUGGAAUUGAGAGUUGAAAACGAGGUUAAGUGAUAUUGUUUCGCAUCUACAUAAACAUAAGAAUUAUCGUCAAAUUGUAACAGUUUUCUACAAUGUUAUUGUAACGUGUUUUCAAAACCAUUGUCACCUUUUGAACAAAAGCAUUUUUCAAAGUGAGCCAGAGGUUCUUCCCUGUUUUGAAAUGAAUUACAAAUUCUUGAAGACACAUAAGAGAUAGCAAGAAAAUCCUGUGAACCCGGCCCCAGAAAAUGGCAGGCAAAAGUUCAACUGAACAAGAUGAAGAAGCGAGAACAGAAGAAGUGCCAGGGUCGAUUGCCAUAUGUAGAAGAAGAAAUAAAUACCUUUAAUUGAAAUGUUAUACUUUCAGUGCUUUUGCUUGGACACUACAUUUCUUUCAGUUUUGCCACCAAAGAGGUAAGAGGUGUAUAUUAUUUUCGUUCUUGAGCUAAUGAUUUGAAAAUUAAAGAUAAAGAUAAACGGCUUGUAAAUUCAGUAAAAUAGCAUUAUUAUCCAUUAGAUAGUGUGAAGCUUGUUUAAAAAGUGAGUAAACAAAUGUAAAAACAAGCAUAAGGUAGAAAUAAAGUUGUCGAAGAUUCAAACACGUAUGACUGACCUGGCUUCCUAUUUGCUAAUGCAAUGACACUUCUGACAGUUGACUUUGAAAUGGCUUUCUGGGGCGCGCGCUCAGGGUAAAAACCAAAAAUAUUAUUACUGUUCUCCGCUUCACGAUUUGUGCGAUAUUGGUUUUUGCGUGCAAUUUAACGCGGAACUUCCUUGUCAGGUAAUUAAUCUUCCGAUAGAAUUCACAAGAAUCUGAGCAAUUAUACUAAAACAAACAUUUGCUGAUGUGAAGUGAAUGAUGUUGAAUAAUCCGCUAGACGAAUAUAGAUAUAUAAAUACAGCUCAGAGGUACUUGGCCCAAAAUGCACGCAAAAAGCGUAUUAAAAAGGCGCGCACACGCAUGCAACUUUCGAAAACGUGCUCAAAAUACGUGCGCAAAAGAAGCUCAUUAGUAUGUAUGAGGCAGUCUUUUAUUUUUUACCCUUUGUUUAACUUUGAAUGGUGUAUUAGAUUCAUGAAAAAUGAGGGAUUCCGAUGUUGGUGAGAUUACGUGGUUUCAUCCCGAAGAGUUUGGCGUCAGUUUAUUUAUGAAAUGGCUUUAGGGCAUUGCGAAGAAAAAGGGAAAAGUUUUUGAGCCGCCGAGUACCUCUUCAGAAAGCGAACAAGGUCAGGAAAGAUCAGGAAAGAUCAAGUUCAAUUAAGUCACUGUCGUAAAAGGUUACUGGCGAAAAAACUUGAAAACUUGCUAAAUUAUGUGAAAUUAUUUGUAGUUUACUUGAACACGAGAAAUUUUCCAAAUGCUUUUCAAGGAUUACUUUAGGUUCAAAAAAACAAAAUCAGAUUCCAUUUAGUCGUUUGCGGUUCGCGCCAAGUCCCCUUAACCUUAAGCGUCCAUCAUUGUUUACAAGUAGAUAAGAUCGCCGCUAGUGUAGAUAGCGGAUUGCAUGUAGUAGAUAAGAUCGUUACUGUUCGAACGAUUUUAUGCGUUCAAUUUACCUGAAUCUUAAGAGUGACAUACUCACGUUCACGACAAGACGGCAGAUGGCGGCAGAUGGCGUCCUGAAGGAGGUGUGGACGACGAGUAGUGCUCGAUUGGGCAUGCGCAUCGAAGUUCGUUUUCCCAACCUCCUGUCGGUGAUGUUUACGUUCUCGUCGCUAUUGUUCUAAUGUAAAAGUACGACGAAGCGAAACCAUUUUUCUACUUUCUGAAAUGUUUAACGAGUCAUUACAAAUAAUGUUAAAGAUAAGGGCUUUUCCGCACAAGCGGACAAAACUAGAAUUGUCCCGAAAAAGUCAAAAGACCAAUUUUGUUAUGGCAAAUUUUUGUUUCGUCUGUUGCAUUCGUAUGAACAAUUUCAAAGCCUUCAAAUUCCGUCCGCGCCUGAUCUGUUCACAAGACCGGCCCGCACAGUUGCCAAAGAAUUCCAAAUUCAAUUUCAAGGAUUUGUCCCAAGUCGUCGCUUCAACUUUGUCGCUAGUGCAGAAAGGCCCUAACUCCACUCACCGUCAACACAGCGCCGUAUUCGAUUGUUAUCAAUCAAUAACGACCGUCUGAUGAAAUUGUUAUGACGAUUAUCAUCACGAAACGCUAAGCGUAAAUAAAAAGUACGAUCGAAGCAAAACUGCUCUUAUGAAGGAAGUAUUUCCUGAAAUGUCGUACGUAACAUUUGUAUUCAAUGUCAACACUGUAAGCGACUCGUAUUUACGUAAACAGGACAGCGCGCGUGGAAAUUUUUACGUGAAACUACUUACUGGAAUUUCAACCUUACUUUUCAAAAGUUUCAAAUCACUGACUUUUGAAACCGUGCUCACGACCGUUAGACUAAAAUUUCGAGAUUAAGACUGCGAUGUGCUCCGUUUCGAUAGGACGGGUAUCGGCGGGGUCAUAAUUUAGCUUAAGUUACCACUCACUCGACUUCUAAGACAUUAAACAAGGGCUAUCUUUAAAAUAAGGAACGGAGAAUAGAGGAAUAGGGAAUGGCGGAAUGGGGAAUGGGCGGAUGGCAGUGGCACUUAACAUUUAUUUUUUUGAUUGAUAUGAAUGAUUAGUCAGUCAUCGGCCCUGUUAGAAAUUAUGAUGAAUAGUCUGAUCUACAGCGUUUUCCGUUUUGUGAAGUUGAUAUUAGUCCAUAUUAACCAAAAACAGAAUUGUUACGUCGAGCAAACUUCAACCUGAGGCGGGAUUUCCGCUGUUGCGUAGUUUUACUUGUGUCAACAGACCUGAAUUUUAAAAGGAUUCACUGGCGUAAAAUAGAAAAAAAGAGCAACUUUUCCACAGACCGCUCAUACAUUUGGACGAUUUCAUUCCACGCUUUCCAAGAUUCUCCGUUUUAAAGAUUCCCGCUCUUAAAGAUUCUUCAUUUUAAAGAUUUCCCAUUUUAAAAAUUCCCACUUUUAAAGAUUCCCCAUUCCCAAUUCCCUAUACUCCCAUUUCCCGUUCCUGAUUUUAAAGGUAGCCCUUUAUCCAGGCUUAAUUAAUGAUUCCCAAACAACUAGUGAUCUAAGAUAAGAUCUUUAAUUACAAGUCAUGCGAAGCCGAGCACGCUCAAAACGUGAAAUGAAUUAUAGGAAACAAUUAUUAUUUUAACGAAAACUGAGAAAUAUUUUAGCGCCAAAUGUAAUAUCGACUAGCACCCUUACGUCUUGUGUACUUACAUUUGGCGCUAAAAUAUUUCUCAGUAAUAAAUUGAUGAGCUUGAAACUUGUGCUGCAUAUAAUUUGUACAAAAUGUAUGAACCCUUUAAUUCUUUAGUUCUUGUGAGCAGUUCUACCGUCAAGGGGUGCGUGCAUUUCCUUGAAAAUUACUUAAGAGAAUUGGAUAUAACACUCCUAUUCAUUAAGACAGUAUAUUUCAGUAUUGACGUAAGUGGACUUACCAGAAUUGACACCCCCCGAAAUGCCGCUGAAAGACGGGUCUUUUUCAAAAAGGUCGAAAAUUUUGGCUGUGGUAGACUUUGGGGAAUCUGGCCUUCUUUCUUGUAGUGGUAAAUUUGCUGUGUUCUUUCUUUGCUCCACUCUCCAUUCCUCUCCACUUUUCUUUCACUUCCAUGACAGAUCUUUUGGAAACUCCGAACGCAUUGACUUUGUCAGUUAUUACCUCCCAUACUCGACUCUUGUGUUUGUUAGAAAGUGUCGUAGAAAUUUUACUCUUGAUUAUUUUGAUAUUUUUUUUCCGCCUCUUCGAAAAUAACUGUCCAUUCGGCAGGUGUAAACUUUGGUUUUUUAGCGCGCUUUGCCGGGGAAGAAGCAACAUUUUCUGUAAUGUUGUCUCGCCACUAGAACGCGCAAGCUAAAAGAUCACGCAACUCCUGGGUUAUCACCAUGGCAACUGCCUGUACAGCGAGUUUAGCCGUCGGAUAACUAUACGCCGCACUAUCUUUGCCUUUUGCAACAGCUUUUUAUCCACUGGAUAACCAUGUUAUACACCGGAUGAGGUUAUCCAGUGGAUAAAUUUAUCCAUCUUUUUAACAACCGGAUGUUCGAUGUUUUCUCUGAUGUUAUUUUGUAGAGGUAGAACGGUUACAUUAAGAUCGGCACCAAGUGAAAGGACUAGUGCCCGCGACUCGUAGCGAGAACUAGGUCCCUUCAAAUGAACUACCAUCUAAAUUUUUCAUUAGAUGGUCUGAUUGUAGGGUCCAAAAUGUAAUCCUUGUGACUUGUCCCGCGAAUUCGAACUGGUUUGAAUUCGUGAGAGAAGUCGCAAGAACUUGUCUCCCCAAAUUAUCCAGGUCUUUGCGUGUGAACUGUUCGUGGGACAAUUCCUUGCGACUAAAUGAAACAAUCCAAUCACUUCAAAAGAGAAAUAUAAUCGUUUGUCUCCCGAUGUGGUCACUUCGGAUGUGGUCACUUCGGAUGUGGUCACUUCGGAUGUGGAUUGUGACGUUUGGACUGCAUACUGCCAGCUUCAUCAGCCGAGGGAGAUUGGCAGUAUAUGUGCAGUCGAAAUGUCGCGAUACACAUCCGAAGUGACCACAUCGUGAGAGAAACGAUUUUAUCAUGUAAACUAUGGUGUUAAAUAAGGAUCUCCAGCCCGGAGAAAAGCCGUAACAACUCCUGUGAAAAAAUACGAAAUUAUGGGGUGUCCACUUGAUACCGGUUAACCGCUAAAUACAGGUUCCACACAUCAACGGUAUUAUAGAAAAAGGUACAAAACGCUUCUUUAUGCCUUAGGUGACUACUUACUAUACAGAAUCUCGCUCAAAAAUGCUACUUUGUUUUUGGAGGAGAAAUAUGAAUUAAAAAUUACUUGAAAGAUGAUUCUUAAUUUUAUCUUGGUGGUUCGGUUUUCAGUGACCGUUCAAUAUAGACAGGCCCCUGGGAUUAAGUAGAGGGUGACUACGAUCCCCUAUUGGUCCGCUUAAUAGGGGUACGAAUUACAAUGAUAAAGGGGAAUAUUCUUGAGAUUUUGGUCACCGACCGCUUAAUACAGGGUUAUCACCUGAUACGGUGUCGUUUAAUACAGAUUCGACGGUUUUUUAAAUUUGGUUAAAAAUACUUUGUGAUCUAAGACAGUUACUUUUCAGAAAUUUCUCAGCUUUUAGUAUAAUGUUUGUAACGGGUGGAUCGCGAUAUUAAACCAGUCGGAAUUUUGAGACGGCAAUACCGCAUUACAUUGGCGGCUAGCUAGUUGGAAAGUAUAUUGUUAUUGUCAUUGAGCUUCGUCGCUAUACAACUCUUCCCAAUACUACAAUAUAUUAUCCCUCGAUUAGCCACCAAUACAAUUCAAUAAUGGCGUCUCAAAAUCGCGAUUUUUAUUAGAUUGCAUCCUUCUCUACCAUACGAAUAAAUGUUUUUUUUACCCGCAGGUUUAAACGUUUAUGAAGGGGUGACUGUAAACAGAACCAAAAUGAUCUUUACAACGAGAGGUAAAAUUAGCAUUUUUUCGAUUAGUAUCUUUGGUUUGAUCACCUUCCUCAUGUACGCCUCAUACCAAGUGAAGUUUGGACAAGAAAUUAACCAGCCCACUCACAGCAACAGCAGAAUGGGUAAGUCAACGAGUUGGAAAUGAUUUACAGCAUUAGAUGCUCAUCCGAUGAAUUAUGCUGUCAAAAUCUAAAUUAAGACGCAGGCAAAUAUUAAGGAAAUUAAAAGUAACAUAACUUAGUUCGAACUAGGGAAAUAACAACGCUUCCGAAAGCUUAAAGGCCUACUUACGUCGCGUUGUCCCGUUCACCGUUCACCAGAAAUUAGCCCUUCGCAAUGUUAUAUUUUCGCCGAUUCAAGAUAACAAACUGAAGAUCGUUUUAAAUUCGUUUUCAAAAUUAACUAGCGUGCAAUGAUCACCCUGGGCGUUGAUGGGUAAUUACUGCAGAGAACACGCCCCUGAUCAGUUAGCCUUGGCUGUUCCGGUGUUUUGGGUUUUAGAUCGCUCUAGCGCUCUGUCACUUUCGAGCUAGUCAUUACCCACAUUACCCUUACUUUUUUUAAGUUUGUUGAUCUCCAGUGGCGUUCUCCAGGGGUCAGUGCCCCCUUUCAGUUUGAGAAGCAUAACCAAUUCAACAGCAUAAGCAAAUUAAAGGGCAACUACCGGUAUUAUGAGUCUCCAACAUAUGUAUGACAACAAAGAUAAAUUUGAAUACCAAAUAUUUCCAGAUCAUCUUCAGCUAACCACCUGUGAACACCUAAGAGUUUACAGGUGAUAGAAGGCUCUAUUGGUGUUCCAUCGAUUAAGGAAGCUAACAUCGUCCUGGAACUUCUGAGUAGUUAGGAUUCCCUUUUCUUGGCGUUUAGAAAAGGCCCAUGUCAUUGAACCAACUCGUGACUACAGCUAUGGUGCAAAAUUUAGUUUCUCUGUACAGUUCGCGUAUUCGCAUCACUGGCUGAGACUGGAGUAUCUUUUUAACACCAUUGGAGGGAUAAGAUUACCUCCUGUAGCUCUCCUGAUGUUGAGUGACUUUAGUGAUUGUGGCUUAAACCUUAGUUUCACUUACUGAGCUGAAGUUGAAGAAUUCUUUAGGAGAGAUAUUCUUGUUGAUGAAAGGAAUACUAGCGUGAUCUUUCAGGUCGUUCACAGUCGGUGCGCUUAUGCUAAGAGAGUGCUUAUUUAGGAUAUCUGCAAUCUUCUUUUGUUUUUGACCAAUGGUUUCGCCUUCAGUUAUUUGAAUAGUCUCUGACAUUGCUUUGCGAAGUAUCCCUUAAUCUUCUCAGGCUAACAACGCGAUUUCUCUGUUGUCGUCGAUACUUUUCUCAAUCGCUCAAUCGUCCGAAAGCCUGCUGAUCAAUUCAAUUUGUCGUUCCCGUUCGGAUGACCAGAUUUCUUUGGCCAUUUUGGAUGGUCUGUAAAGACGGACCCAAAAUAUAUCUCUGAGUCCUUUUGAUUUCUGACCUCAAUGUUAAUUGAUUCUAAACCAACGAACUGUUUCAGCAUUUUUAACGCGCUUUGUUUAAGGUUGGACCUUGCACAAAUUAUGAAGGCACCUUUAAAAUUUUUUCUAUCUUGUCGAUUUGGCUUUAAUUCUUUAGCAUAAAACUGGCUAUCUGGAUAGCUGUCAUCGACUUUGGUCUCUCAGAGAACUAGAAUAUCUGAUAAAUUGUUUAUAAACAUGUUCCUAACCUCGAAUAGCUUGAUUCCGUCGGUGCUGUUUGUUUCCUUGUUGUAGGAAGAAGCGAGAUAAAUGAGCUCGAAAGUGCUGCCUAGGAAAAAAAAUUCAUCUCUAAAACUUCGCUCAUCGUAAUCGGUCUUAUUUCAUACUUCUCGAAAUUGGUUCUUUAUUUUUUUUUGACUUUUUUCUUCUUUUCCAAGCAAGGUAAUCAUUCUUGAAAUUCUUUUCAUUGGAGAGAUCCCCAAUCACUACAACAACGUAAAAAGCGUAAUAAUUAACUAUUUGCAAAGUUCUACGCUGAAUCAAUUUCCUUCUCUAGUAUUUAAUUAAAUAGUUCUGGUUAGGUCCGACUUGAUUUCGAGCACUUCAAAAUAAACGACAACAUUUUGUUUAUCGUAGAUGAGAUCGUCUGUCGAAAGGUUGUUCCAACUCAAGCUACAGCCACAGAAAAACCCACAAAUAAUUCAUCGCCAAAGCCUUUCGUUUAUCUCACUCAAACAGAACAAUGCCUUCCCUCAAACUUUGCCUCUUCUUCCGAGAUCGGCGACUCCGAGACAUGUAACUGUGAUGUCAUAGUGGUAAGCUUUCGUACCAAAUGUCAAGUGCAAAAGUCGCCUCACAUCACUUAUCUGUUCUAUCCCAAUACUGGAUGGGGAACAGGACGAAAUGUGCUGUAUUUUGCUGCCAUAACGAGAUCUCCAAAAUACCAUUAUUACAUUUUUAUGGAUGAUGAUGUGAUUCUGCAUUUCCAUUCAAUUGCUCCUCCACAAAUGAAGAGGCUUCCGCCGUUUAGAGUCUUCGAACAAUGGCUCCUUGAUUACGAGCCAGCAGUUGGCAUUGUGAAUUACCAAUGGCAUCAUCGGGGCAUCUGGACCAAUGACCUACGAAAGAAAAUGUGUAACAAGAGGGACAGUCCCCUUGUGUUACCUAUACUAUGGUUCGAUGCUCUUUUCAAUGCAUUUCAUUACAAAUCUAUUGAGCAUCUCUUCCCUUACCGUACGCAGUAUGAAAGCAAAACCUGGUGGUCAUCGCAAAUCUACAUGUUUUCUGCUGUGGAACUGAUAUUUCGAGGUCAGGCAUUGAUGUUUGCGCCUGUUACUGCGGGAAAUCCAAAACAUCGCCCAUACCCAAGGUCUUUAGAGGACGAAAACACAAGGUGGAGAGAUUACAUCGAUACGAUUCGACAGGAAGCUCCUUUAAUUUACAGAAAUCAGACUUUAUUCGAAGAUUUUAGGCAGAAUCUUGAGGGUUAUGUCGACAACUCGACAACGUAUUGCAUGAAUGUAACACGGCAUCAACACAUUAAACCAUACGCUCAUUUUGAUUUUCAGACAGAGAUCUAGUUGAUGAUUUAAACGGUGCCAUUGUAAAAUCAUCAUAGUAACCUGGCCUUAAAUUCAUAACCAUUAUGUGGGCUUCUCAAAAGGCUGCUGCUUUGUUCUUCCAAGAAAAAGAUUAUAUGAGUCGAGAAUGCCUUUUUGUGGUGCUACCAACUAUGUAAGCAGACCGCCAAGCGAUGAAAAAAACAGCAGUGAGACUUUUCAUAAGUCACAGUUUAGUAGCCAGGCUAUUAAGCAUAAUUCAAAAUGGUGUUUGUCGUUGUUAAUUUUUAGCUCAUAUGACGAUAAAUCCAGGAAGUCAGUGUGUCCUAGGAGGGAGGAGGUGACUUUAUCAUUUUCCGGUAUAAACGGGAGUUAGAAAUCACUGCUAAUGUGACGUCACAUAGCAACAAAACAAGCGCUUCGCAUAGCUUGCUUAGUUUAGCGAGGGAACGCUAUGAGUAAGAAACAAGGAGAAAGCCAAUAGAGGUCAUUUUUAAGUUAUAUAUCGACUUCGGAACGCGUCAAGACAAACCGAAACUAACGAUGUUUUCUUUGUAAGCCUCAUAAAAAGGUUUUUCCUUUUUAAUAAAAUAGCUAUACCUGAUAUUAUUAGGAGUCAAUCUAACCAGUCAUUUUGCUCACAAAUCUUUUUAACUUUUAGGUAGUUAUUUCAUCGAAUUGUCCUGAACAGUGGUGAAGCAAGGGUGUGUAUUGUCAGCUUGUGUUGUAAAGCACUGAGCGAGAGCCAAAGACUCUUGAGCGUUUAGGUUGCUGCCUUGUGUUUUGAACUUGUGAUCACCGAAAACCGACUUGAUAUUCUAUAUUUAUUAUAUAUAUACUGAUGAAAUACCAGGAAUUUUUCCUUUUCCUUAAAAGUCAUAUUUUCAUCGCGCGCAGUGAAGAUUUUAUUUGGCGUCGCCAUGGUUACUAACAUGAUUAGCCAAUUAAAAGAGAGCUUCCCGUUCAGGUGCGGCCGGUUCUUUUGAAAUUUCAUUCACAAAAUGGCUUCGAGGUGCGAAAACGGUACAGUUACCGGUGACUUUCUCGACGAGCUGCCAAAUUUUCAUAUCGAUACUUUUUCAAGCUUGAAGAACAUUCAGGAAGAUUUGCCGAAGUCUCGGAAAGUGAUGUCGAAAAUAUGAGAAAAAUAUAAGUAUUAUCGUCUUUAUUUCUCCUUCGUAACUUUAUAUCCGAGUUUCAUAACAUUUUUGUGACAGGCAUUUUUCUAUCAUUUAGGAAUUUCAUCUGUAUGUAUAAAAUAAACAGAACAUUACAUGGCCGCUUGGGGA